GGCGGGGAGCGGAGUCGGGCGGCACCGGACGGAGGGAGAGAGCGGCCCGGGGUGCGAGCCCCGCGCGGGGCGGCGAGGCCAUGGCGGAGCCCAGCCCAGAAGAUCCACCCCCGAACCUCAAAGUGGAGACGCAGCCCCCUGAGAAGCGGCGGCGAACUAUCGAGGACUUCAACAAAUUCUGCAGCUUUGUCCUGGCCUACGCUGGCUACAUCCCAUCCACCAAGGAGGAGAGCGACUGGACCCCUUCGGGCUCCAGCUCCCCCCUGCGCCCGGAGAGCGUGGCGGACAGCGACGGCUGGGAGUCGACCCACUCGGACCUGCACACCAUCGAGACCUUCGUCAAGAAGGCCAAGUCCUCCAAGAAGAAGGCUUUCCGCCGCCUCAAGGCGGACAGCUCCCUGCUGGAGAAGAUGAAGCUGAAGGACUCCCUCUUCGACCUGGAUCCGGCCGGCCGGCCGCCGCCGGCGCCCCGGGCCGGCCCGCUGGGGGACAAGCGGAAGGAGAAGCGCUGCCGGCGGGCGGGGCGGCCCGAGGCGGCCCGGCGCGGCCGGGGGGACUCGGCGGGCGAGAAACGCUCGCGCAUCAAAAAGAGCAAGAAGCGAAAGUUGAAAAAGGCGGAGAAGAAGCUCAAGGCCUCCCUGAGCGAGACGGACUCGGAGGAGGAGGCGGGGGCGGGGGGGGCGGCGGCGGUGCUGGGCCGGAGCGGGGAGGAGGAGGCCCCCUCCCCGGAGGAGCUGCUGCCCGAGGGCGGCUUCCCGGAGCCCAAACUGGGGGGCGGGGAGGGCAAGGAGUGCGGCAGCACGGAGACCAGCCAGGACGGCGACGGCAGCUCCAGCGAGGGGGAGAUGCGGGUCAUGGACGAGGACAUCAUGGUCGAGUCAGGGGACGACUCGUGGGACCUGAUCACCUGCUACUGCCAGAAGCCCUUCGCCGGGCGGCCCAUGAUCGAGUGCAACCAGUGCGGCACCUGGAUCCACCUCUCCUGCGCCAAGAUCAAAAAGACCAACGUCCCCGACAUCUUCUACUGCCAGAAGUGCAAAGAGGGGGCCCGCAAAGCCGCCGCUGCCGCCGCGCCGGCCCCCCGGGGCGGGGGGGAGCCCUAGAGACUGGGCCCCACACGGCCGCCGAGCUGGACUCUCCUCCCAGCCCCCCGGAUCGCCCCGAGCGGAGGGCAGAUUCGCCCCGACAUCUGUGUGUUCACGUUACCCCCCCCCGGCGGAUGGGGAUGGGGAAGUGAA